AUGAGUGAGAACCCACCUGCCACUCUGACCACUACAGAUGCUCCAACUGGUCCUACCACACCACGCAAAGGGCCUCCCAAGUUCAAGCAGAGACAGACAAGGCAGUUCAAGAGCAAGCCUCCUAAAAAAGGAGUAAAAGGGUUUGGAGAUGACAUCCCAGGCAUGGAGGGAUUGGGGACAGAUAUCACAGUGAUUUGCCCAUGGGAAGCUUUCAGCCACCUGGAACUGCACGAGCUGGCCCAGUUUGGGAUCAUCUAA